AUGGUCUGUAAGCAGGAAGCUGAGACAGAAAAGGUAGAGGACUUUAAUACUGCUAGUGGAGGUCGAGUGAGAGGAGCAGCAGACGAUAGGAGUCAGGCGAAGUGUUCUAGAAGCGGCAAUCCCAAGGUGUCGAAGCAGCCGAUCAACUGUCUCGAGAAGCUGCCUGUUCCGAGUACCAUGAUCUCGAGGGCAGCUGGGGAGGCAAGCCCUCCGGAUCUACUGGACGAUGUAAUGGCGAAGCUUUGGCGGUUUGAAAAGGGAAUAGCAGUCGACUCAUGGUCAGCGGACCUUGAUCGCAUCGCGGCUUCCAGGGCGGAAGUUGAGAACUGGAAAAAGAAGGCGACUCUCGAUGAGGCCGAGGAGUAG